GAGAGAGAGAGAGAGAGAGAGAGAGAGAGAGAGAGAGAGAGAGAGAGAGAGAGAGAGAGAGAGAGAGAGAAGCGCAGGCCGGGCACAGAGCACUGCCACCUCCUCCUUGCCUCCCCAACUCUCAGCCAAGGCGCGCGGUGGCGUCCUCGCGCCCUCGCCGGCGCCCCCGCCCGUCGCCCGCGCAGGCCAGGCAUGAACGCUGAGACUUGCGUCUCUUACUGCGAGUCGCCGGCCGCUGCCAUGGACGCCUACUACAGCCCAGUGUCGCAGAGCCGGGAAGGUUCGUCGCCUUUUAGGGGAUUCCCAGGAGGCGACAAGUUCGGUACAACUUUUCUGUCGGCCGCGGCCAAAGGACAGGGAUUCGGGGACGCCAAGAGCCGGGCCCGCUACGGUGCGGGGCAGCAGGACCUGGCGGCACCGCUGGAGAGCAGCGCCGGGGCGCGGGGAUCCUUUAACAAGUUCCAGCCGCAGCCGCCCACCCCGCAGCCACCGCCCGCUCCGCCCGCGCCGCCUGCGCAUCUCUACUUGCAGAGGGGCGCCUGCAAAACGCCCCCGGACGGCAGCCUCAAGCUCCAGGAGGGCAGCGGCGGCCACAACGCGGCCUUGCAGGUCCCUUGCUACGCCAAAGAGAGCAACCUGGGCGAGCCAGAGUUGCCCCCUGACUCUGAACCCGUGGGCAUGGACAACAGCUACCUCAGUGUGAAGGAGACAGGGGCCAAGGGACCCCAAGACCGAGCUAGUGCUGAAAUACCAAGUCCCCUGGAAAAGACCGACUCUGAGAGUAACAAAGGCAAGAAGCGGCGGAACCGAACCACCUUCACUAGCUACCAGCUGGAGGAGCUGGAGAAAGUCUUCCAGAAGACACACUACCCUGAUGUGUAUGCACGGGAGCAGCUGGCUAUGAGGACCGACCUCACCGAGGCCCGUGUGCAGGUUUGGUUCCAGAACCGGAGGGCCAAGUGGCGAAAGAGGGAGCGCUUUGGGCAGAUGCAGCAGGUCCGGACUCACUUCUCCACGGCCUAUGAGCUGCCCCUCCUCACCCGAGCCGAGAAUUAUGCCCAGAUUCAGAACCCGUCCUGGAUUGGCAACAAUGGGGCAGCCUCGCCAGUGCCAGCCUGUGUGGUCCCCUGUGACCCGGUGCCUGCCUGUAUGUCCCCUCACGCUCACCCUCCUGGCUCCGGGGCCAGCAGCGUCUCCGACUUCUUGAGUGUCUCUGGAGCUGGCAGUCACGUGGGCCAGACACACAUGGGCAGCCUGUUUGGAGCAGCUGGCAUCAGUCCGGGCCUCAAUGGCUAUGAGAUGAACGGCGAGCCAGACCGCAAGACCUCAAGCAUUGCUGCCCUGCGCAUGAAGGCCAAGGAGCACAGUGCAGCCAUCUCUUGGGCCACAUGACAGAACCCCUCCUGCCACUCCUGAUGUCAUCCCCCUCCCUGGGGCCCUGGCCAUGCCCCUGCUUUCCAGGCCCCCAGCUUCCCACUUGACUCUCCUCUUAGGAACCCGGCCUGGCCCAGGGGCCUAACCCUCAGCACUUUCAGCCACCCCAAGUCUGAGGCCCCAGGGACUGCUGGGAGGGAGAGGGUGAUGGUAGUCUCUUGCCCCUCUCUGGCUCUGAGGUCAUGACCCCUGCUCCCUGCCAAAGGCAGUAGAGAAGCCAGGUAGCCCUGUGUGUAGCUUUGCAUCAAGUAAGCUGAGGCCCUGUCUCUCUUUGUGUUCUUUUACCCCUUCCGUUUGACUUGAGUCAAAGUUAGGCUCCCUUCCAGACCUAGCAGUCUUCAACAGUCCAGCCUUGUCUAACCUUCCUUUUUCCUGUGAGACCCCCUAGUCACUAAGCCUAUGGCUGUGUGUCUUAAGUAACAAGCUGCCAUGCAGGGUCAGCUCCUGACCCCUUUUGCUCCCUAAAAAAAACCCAUAGAAUCCCACCUUCUGUAUCGAAGGUAUCUGGUCACCCACCCAUCCAGUGGGCCCUGUGACUGUAGCUUCAUUAUCCCCUGUGAUGGAUGUGUCUGGUGGAAGUGGGAGGUGGGGGGGACAGAGAUGAAGGACUCUGUUGCUGUCCACCCAUAAGCCCCAUGGAGACUUGGGCCAGCCUUUGCUCCUGAAGCUGGUUUUGUGAAGGGAGGAAAGGACACGGAUUUUUUGACUCCCAUCAUAACUACCACACAUGGCCAUCAGGAGACAACGAAGUUCUCAGAAGGAUGACUGUGGGGGUGAUCCAGCGGGCUGAACCUGGGCACUACCUGGUAUCUUCUGCGGUGGAGAGGUCCCUUUGUCAGCACUGGCACCUCCUCAGGGCCUCUCUGGGAGGAGUUGAGAUAUUUGUCCUCUCCCUCCUGGUCACUCAUUGGGGCUGCUGGGCAGUGUCCUGGGCUGGAAGAAUUUAUACCUUGGAAGACAGAAAAGCUGGAGCACAGGGCCAUGGCUGAAGGGAUCGGGAGCAGAGGACACAUGACCAGCUCAGUAGCCUCCAGCCAGGAGGCCUUUCUACUCUCAGACUAACCAUGUCCACCCACCACCCAGCCACAGCACCACAUCUGCUGGAGCUUUCCAUAAAGGGUAGGUGGAGAUCGGUGUCCCUCUAGGCUAAAAGAAGAGCUGCUUUUCAGUUACCCUACACACCCUCUUAGAGAUCCUAUCCUUACUUCUUCCCCAGGGGCCAUGAUCUCUGCCUCGGCUGGCCUCAGGAAAGCCUCCCAUCAAGCCCCACCAGGUCCAGUCUCCAUGGCAGGAAGUCCUCCUGAAGCCAGUCCCCUAUCUGAAGGAAGGGGCUCCCUGUCUACCUGACUUGACCUGGAGCUAGGAACUAGGAUUUGAAGUGGCCCCAGCCCUCACCUGAGCUGGAGCACAGAACCACCCUUGAGGUAGGUCCCUCAAGCAGGUGGCCUUUACCUGAGGAGACAUACUUGCCUUUUCUACCUUCUGCCUUGACUAUUGUCCACGAGGUGGGCUUGGCUUACUAGGCCCAGGGUUUAGUUCUCUGAAUGGCCUCUCAGGUUGGGCUGAGGACGAGGACCCUUGCCUUGGAUCUGCUCUAGGUCUCAGUGGGUAAGAGGGAAGCAUAACUCCCUGCUGUGUGUUUUCAUCUGUGUAGACAGACUAAGCCCUCAGGAGAAUGCAGACUCCGGGUUGGGUCGGCCACUCCUAGCAAGCCUCAGACCUCUUUAGAAACUUUAGUUCUCAAAAAGCUCUUAGGAAGGCAAAGAAGGAUUUGGGUACUGAAUUCAGGAUUCCUGGUGGCUUGGCUCUAAUGCUUCAGAUCUUUGGGGAUCGAGGUCUGUCUUCUAAGUUCCCCAGAACUAACUCACUUCCUCAGAAUCUAUCAAGAGAAGGAAGGACUUAAGGCCAGAAGCAACAUCUUGGAGUCCUUCUUUCAUGGCUAUUAUGGGCGCAUGACGGGAAAGGGGUUCAUACCUAGAUAAUCAGUACAAAGACUGAGAGCCAGGCCAGCUCAGGAAGAAGAAAGGACAGGGGGCUUUUGGUAGAUUCUUUUGGAAGGGAGUGAUGUUUAACUUCUUCAAGAUUUAUUUUUGGCCAGGCUAGAUGCAAGUCAGGAAAAGUCUAUCCCGGAAGCUUCAGAAUAAAAACAGUAUAUAGAAAUACCCCUUUGUUUCCACCACAGCCAAGAACUGACAUGCCUUCUACCAUCUCUCCAGAUGUAGCUGUCUCCACCUAGGCUGGUCUGGAAGGCCUUGGUCUCAGUUGAUACCUGGGGCAGCUGGAGAUGUCCUGGGCUCCCACUGGGCCUCCCUCAUGUCUCAGACCUCCUCAGCUUCUCAGUUCUCCAGAAGAGAACUGUGUGGUCCUGUUGUCUCUAGUGAGCCUGUCUUAGCCCCUAGGAUGUUAUAAAGCAAGUAAUAAAGCCCUUCAUGGCAACCUGGCUUCCUAAAGAGACUGAGGCACAGAUGAGGAGAGAUGACUUCCUGCUGGGUGGUCACUGCUAGAUGAGGAAGCUGACUGAGCUGAGGCCAGCCUUGCCUGACAGCAUAGUAAGUGGCCAUGCUUAGUCCUGCCAGCCUGGCUGUGUCACGGAAGGCAGUUAUGCCCGUCCCAGCACAUCUAUCCGGGAGCCCCUUCACAGCACAGGGCCAAGGUUCUGGGGCAGACAGGCACACCUCCAUGUUUUUCUUUGCGUUGUUUCUUCCCGAUUCUCAGUUCUCACAGUCACAAUCUCCACCUUUGAGGAACAGGAUGAGUGGGGAUUUAGUCAAGAUCUAUGGGUUCCCCAGCACACACUGCCAGGCUCAGGCUGGACACAGUUCAGAUGCCCCAUGUCCCUGAGCAGACAGGAAGGAUUCUAUGGAAACCACCGUGUCCCCUUUACUCAGUCAAUUGCCCUCUGAGCUAUCCUUGGGUAGAACAUCUCUGGGGACUCAGAGGAACUCGAGGUUAAAGGUCAAUAGGAAUGACCCUGACUGUCAGGUAUAGAGACAAACAGACCCAGCAGAGGGAGAGAGGCAGGCAAUCUGGCCCCCAGGAUGCUAAUUCAGAACCUUAUAAUUUCAAACCGGGGCAGGCUCCUAUUUCUUUCCCUCAGCCCCACUCUGCUGCAAGAAUGCCAUAGGGAGGAGUUCCCACUGGACAGUAUCUCCCACCCUUCUCCCUCCCAUCCCCCUUCACUUACACAUAGAGCUAGGCCUGUAUACUACUGAUUUUGGAGGACUGUUUUCAGUGUCUAAUAACCUGUUUGGGUGUGCAGUGGUCAGAAAAAAAGAGAGAGAGAGAGAAGCUGAGUGAGAGAUGGAACAUGAACCUCAACAAAUACUGGCUGUUCUUGUAAGAUAGUUUAACCCUGUAUAAAUGCAACUUUUCUCUUAGCUUAAUGGCCUGGGGUGGAACAUUCAAAUAUAUAAAUAUAUAUAUUAAAAUACAUUAAAAUUUCAGAAAAAAAUGUAAAAAAAAAAUUGAGGUCCGUUCCAUAAAGUUUUACUGCCUAUACCACCAUGUAACUACAUUAUAGCAAAAUAUUAAAAAAAGAAACAUUCUUUUCUUUUAAAGUAAGUUAUUGCACUUACAUCUUUUGGAGAGGGGAGGAAUGUGGGAAGAAGGGGGCCGAGGAGCUGAGGGGCCGAGGUGGGUGGAACGCAAGGCAGAGGCCGCUGAUGCUCCCAGCAUCCCCUUUGUCGGGUGCAGCCCAGACUGUCUGUUUGCUUGUUGUUUGCAAUAAACUCCUUC